UUCUACUUAAUCUUGGAUCCCUCCCAUUCUUCAUUAAAGAAAGAAAUUCUCAAAACUUAACACCCUCUCUCUCUCUCUCUCUCUCUCUCUCCAUUUGUGUGUGUGCCCUAUGAAAGUGAGAACUUCUUUAGCAGCACUUGUCUUCCAUCUCAUUGCACUCCUUUUCAUGGCACUCCUCAUGCCAAUGGAUACCCAAAAACAACCAUCCAAACGCAAGAAAAAGCAGCCAAAUCCUUCUUCUUUUUCUUCAUGGGACCAAAUCAAGAACAUUUUAAGCUGCAAGCAAAUCCCAGAUUCGAAAAUCCACGAUCCUUCCUCCAAGAGCCUCCUUACAGUUUCCAAACUGGGAAAUUCAUGCAAUUCCAUCUGCACAUUCAGGGAUGUUGUUCAUGGAAACACUAGGGUUGUUCACAGAGCUGAUAACUCACCGGAGGGAAGCAGUUUAGGAAAGGAAACCAAGAAAAGUAGCCAUGGAAAUGGAUCCUCCUCUUCUAGGUCGAUUUAUUCUUCUAAUUCUGUGAAAACUACAUGUAAUAUGGGCUCAUCUAGAGGCAUGCAAUUGAGGAAGCUUUCAGGGUGUUAUGAAUGUCAUGCCAUUGUUGAUCCUACCAGGUAUCCAUUGCCGAGGACGACUAUAUGUGCUUGCUCUGAAUGUGGAGAGGUCUUCCCAAAAAUUGAAAGCAUGGAACAUCAUCAAAUGGUUAAGCAUGCAGUGUCUGAGCUGGCCCAAGAUGAUUCAAGCCGCAACAUAGUUGAGAUAAUUUUCAAAUCAAGCUGGCUCAAAAAGGACAAUCCAAUAUGCAAGAUCGAACGGAUCCUAAAGGUUCACAAUACACGGCGUACGAUCCAAAGGUUUGAAGAUUAUAGGGAUGCGGUCAAGAUUCGUGCCAAUAACAAUGCCAAGAAAAAUGCUAGGUGUGCUGCUGAUGGGAACGAGUUAUUGAGGUUUUACUGCGUCACACUAAAUUGCUCGCUUGGUGCACGUGGCUCUUCUAGCUUGUGUGGCGUUUUGCCAGGUUGUGGCGUAUGCACUAUUAUUAGACACGGCUUUCAAAGUAGCAAGGCGAGUGGGAUUCGGACAACUGCUAGUAGUGGUAGAGCCCACGAUUGCCUUGGCUGCAAAGAUGGACGUCGAGCAAUGUUGGUGUGUCGUGUUAUUGCUGGGAGGGUGAAACAUGCUACGGAUGUUGUGAUGAUUGAGGAAGGGGAUGGAGUUGACUUGUCAAAUGGCGGUUCAUACGAUUCCGUAGCUAGCUGUGGCAAUAUCUACUCGAAUCUCGAGGAAUUAUAUGUGUUUAAUCCAAGAGCUAUUUUACCAUGCUUUGUGGUGAUUUACAAAGCACUUGAAUCCUAUUAAUAUUUUGUGUUGAGUAGUUAAAUUUGUACUUUUUAGUUGUAGUAGUGUAAUCAAAUCACAUAGCUAAUCCAGGGUUGGCUAAGCUAGAUGCUUGUCGAUUUCUUUUUGUCUUUGUCUAUAUACUAAUGCUUUUUGUA